AUGCCAGAACAUGCUCCUGACAAUGAAGGCGAUGCUAAAAGCCUUUAUAUUCAAAAUGCGUGGUUGGGAGAGAUGAAAGCCAUGGUUGACGCCAAAGAAAACCUGGUGGUUUUCGAAGUCCAUCUUUACGUUGUUGUUUAUCGAGCUCUCAAGGAGAAACUGAAGCCGUGGCUGAUGGAGAAAGAAAAGGAAAGAAGCGCCAGAAACAGUGCUGUUCGGUAUAAGGCGUACAAAUGUCGAAGCACAGCCAUCAAGUGGCAGGGCUGCCCGGGUGGCUCCACAUCUCCUACGCCCGACAAGGUGUUUCUUGAAGCAUGCGAUGUCUAUUUCCGGCACUGUCAUAAUAAGCCAUAUGGAUUCUUCAAUUCUGCUCUUUUCCAACAAAAGGUAGCUCACAAUCAGGUUCCUCUCCAUCUUCGCUUGGCCCUGAUCGCGACCGCUGCACGCUACUCGUCCCGUUCCCAGUGGCGGGACAGAAAGCAAAGUACGAUCGAUGAGUAUGCACGAUGUUCGUGGGAAUUGAUUGUCACUUCCCAAAAUGGCCUGGAUGACAAUGAUGAGGUGACGGUAGUCCAAGCUCUUGCACUUUUGGCUGUCAUUGAUGCAACUGCCGGGCGAAGAAGAGGUGCUUGGGUCAAAAUCGGAAUGGCCGUUCGGAUCAGCCAAGAUCUUCAAAUGAUGCUUGAGUCCAGUACAACUAUUUCCGAAUUGAGACGUGAUGAACGGAGGAAUCUGUUUUGGUCGUUAUACCUCCUCGAUCGCUUUGUAUGCUGCUCUUUCCAACGGCCACACGCCAUCAGAGACUCGGAUUGCCUUCUUAAUUUACCCACACAUCAUUACUCUGGGAAACGGGUGCCUCCCAUCACACUCGGGAAGUUAUUAGCUGUUGACUCUCGCGAUUCUUCUAUCCGACCGGGAAUGUUUGGUAUCAGCAUCGCAUUAUCGGCAGUCCUCGGACGCACUAUCCAAUAUAUGAUGAAUGACGAAAGCACUAAUGAAGCUCCGUGGGACCCAAACUCAUCCUAUCACAGAAUUCUUACAGACUUGGAGUUUCUGAAAGAGCUGGCUGUGGAUAAUAGUCCUAUAUUGGCAGCUCCUGGACAACCACGCUCUCAAAGUGAGAUACAAGAUCAAGAUCGUGAGCGAAUUGCACAUAUGGUUCUAUCUCAUACAUUAUACCACCUUGCUUAUUGCAUCCUUGGCCAUCCGCUUUUGCUUGGGAUGAAAAUACAAUCUCGUCCAAUCCCCGAAAUGCCAACCAAAUGGCUGGAAGAUACUCGCACCACUUCGUUGGUUCAUGCUGGUUCCCUGAUUACUGUCCUUGUGGAAGCUAAGGCUGCGGGUUAUAUGCCUGUCCCUUCUGUCUACAGCUACUGCAUCUUAGUGGCCAGUACCAUACACGCUCUGCAUCUAUACAGUGAGGAGUUGGUGGUUAGUCAGGCCUCUGCAGAAUAUUUGAGAACAUCGUUGGACUACUUGAGUGAGGUUUCAGAGCUUUGGUGCAAUGCUCAGGUCAUGGCCGAUGCACUCAAGUCAUUUGCUCUCCAGUGUGCCCGAAGCAGUGAUCUACUCUUGCGAGAUAAUCCCCUUGUUGAUGAGCUUAGUAAUACUGAAUCGGCCGUUCUAAAAUCCCUGGUUGACUAUUGGGCGAUGAUGGACCCGCUUAAUCCCGUCUUCGAGCAGACAUCGUCAAAGGGGAGCAAUUUUUCAGAUCUCUCUGACUUAAGCGCGGGCUGCUUAACGCCUCCAAUUCCCGAAAUUAUAGACAGUCUCACGCUGGAGGGGAGUCUUCCUGGGCCAAAUAGCGAAAAGACAACUUCUGUAGACCCGGAUAUCGUGUUUCAAUGGCCCGUUGCAGCAAUGUCACCCAUCGGUUCGGAUGAUGAAAAUUCACCUAGAUGGGAUUGGGACAACGAGUUCAAUAUCAUCAGAAACUAG